UCAAAUCUUUGGAUUUGACGCAGUAUCCGGAACUUUGUCUGUUUUCUGUGUUGCACCCGGGAGUUUUUUUUUGCUGUCACACUGACGUUGGGGAAAUCUGAUGCAAGUGGAAUGUAUUGAAGGAAGAGCCGGCUCCACGAACACGAAACGGGUAAAAUAUGGCAGACUGUCAGGGAGACGUUGCUUGUGAUCUGACGCCCAUGCAACUUUAUGAGAAACUGAACCUCCAAGGAGACCAAGUCCGAGUCCUAAAGUCAGAGAAGGCUGCUAAAGCUGAGAUCGAUGCUGCUGUACAGCUGCUGCUCAAGCUGAAGGUUCAUUACAAAACAAUCACAGGGCAAGAAUACAAGGCCGGUUGUCCCCCCACUGACGACAUAUCAUCAUGCAGUAAUGGACCAGCUACAGAGGAUGGAGAUGACCAGGUGGACCCCUGGAACGUGUCCACCACCAGUGCCAAAGGAGUGGAUUACGACAAGCUCAUAGUGAGGUUCGGAAGCAGUAAGAUUGAUCAGGAACUGAUCGACAGAAUUGGCAGAAUCAUAGAGCAAACACCUCACCGCUUCCUCCGCCGAGGAGUCUUCUUCUCUCACAGAGAUAUGCAUCAGGUCCUGGACGCCUACGAGAACAAGAAGUCGUUCUUUCUGUACACAGGCAGAGGGCCUUCCUCAGAAGCGAUGCAUGUGGGCCACCUUAUUCCUUUCAUCUUCACUAAGUGGCUUCAGGAUGUGUUUAACGUGCCUUUGGUCAUCCAGAUGACCGAUGAUGAGAAGUAUCUGUGGAAGGAUCUGACGCAGGAGCAGUGCUACCGCUUUGCUGUGGAGAAUGCCAAAGACAUCAUCGCCUGUGGAUUUGAUGUCAACAAGACCUUCAUUUUCUCAGAUCUAGACUAUAUGGGCAUGAGUUCAUCAUUCUAUAGAAAUGUGGUGAAAAUACAGAAGCAUGUAACUUUUAACCAAGUUAAAGGCAUAUUUGGAUUCACAGACAGUGACUGCAUUGGAAAGAUUAGUUUUCCUGCAAUACAGGCAGCUCCUUCCUUCAGCAGCUCUUUCCCGCAAAUCUUCAACAGCAGGACAGAUUUGCAGUGUCUCAUCCCCUGUGCUAUUGACCAGGACCCAUAUUUCCGCAUGACACGAGACGUUGCUCCUCGAGUAGGCUACCCCAAGCCUGCUCUUCUGCACUCCACUUUUUUCCCUGCAUUGCAAGGAGCUCAGACCAAGAUGAGCGCUAGUGACCCGAACUCCUCCAUCUUCCUGACUGACACACCCAAACAGAUCAAAACGAAGGUCAACAAGCAUGCAUUCUCCGGGGGGAAAGACACUGUAGAGGAGCACAGGAAAUAUGGAGGAAACCCAGAUGUGGACGUGUCAUUCAUGUACUUGACUUUCUUCCUCGAAGAUGACGAACAGCUGGAGAAAAUCCGACAGGACUAUACCAGUGGAGCACUCCUGACUGGCGAUCUUAAGAAAUGUCUAAUCGAAACCCUUCAACCAAUGAUCGCAUCUCACCAAGAGAGACGCAAACAAGUUACAGAUGACAUGGUCAAGCAGUUUAUGACUCCACGGAAGCUAGACUUCGAUUUCUAGUAUAAGGAAAGAAAUGGAACUGAAGGAGGAAGAUGAAGUGGUAGCUCUCACUAUAUGAAUUACGGUCUAGAUCGUUAUACAGUCCCGCAAUAUCCACAACACACCAGGACAUCACAGUGAUGUCCAGCAAGAUUCCUUACAAAUAAACCAGAUGAAUAACAGC